AGGUGGAGUCCGAGGUGGAGUGCCCGAGCUGGAGGCUGACGUGGAGUCCGAGAUGAGAAAGGUCAGGGGUUCGAAUCCUGGAACCUAGGGCGCCAAAGUGAAAAUUUGUCCGUUGCUAGAGGAAGAUCCAUGGCGUCGCCCUGCCGGAUGCGCCGCGAGGAAUGCUUCGCAGUGAAGCACGAUCGCUACUUCACGCGCUGGAAGAUCUUGAUCGGGCACUCGGACUGGCGCGAUUCAGUGGACAGCCCUAGCGGAUCGAGGUACCGGCUCCACAAUCUCCCCAGCAAGAGCGCUGUUCGUCCCGGAAUCUACGAGCUGGGGAUCGUCCGGCCGUGCUCGAGUUCUCGCAAGAGGAAAAAGAAGAAGAGGCUACACAGGAGAGAUGUGGUGGCCGUGUACCUCGGACAGGCCGAGAAUGUGAGGCAAAGGCUACAGUCUUACGGGCAAGGAGGGUCUCACUUGGAAGGCUGGACUGGAUUGGAGAAAUGGCUGCCCGAGAAGAGAGUUCUCACGCAGAUCUUCCGGCAAGGACCUCGAUUGUUCUCCGAGAUCUUUGCUCGAGGAUACUCACUGGCAUUUCGAUGGUCUGCUACAGGAAGCAAGGAAUCAGCGCUAGCAGCCGAGAAGAAGCUACUCCAUGUUUUCGACUACGCUUGGAACAAGGGUGCCAAUGGAGCUCGGCGAUCGCUGGACGUUCUCACCAAGCUCGAGAUGCAAUCCAACGUGGUGUGCGGGACGAGGAGCUCCAUCGCGACCCGGCUGGGCUGCGCGAGGAUUUUCGAGAGGAGAGUUGGAGUCAGGGUGGAGCUGUCAAAGCCCAAGGAUCGAUCGGAGGCCAGGAGCUUCCGGGACGUGAUAAGGGGAUUCCUUGGCCUCUCCAUUGAUGGUCACGAAGAUCAUCGCAAGAAAGAAGGAGAUGGAGUUCGUCCAGACGAUGCGAGGAAGACGAGUUCUUCCAGGAAGGAUUGCAAGGUGAGGAUCGAAAGAGCAGGGACAGGGAAACUCUACGGGGAAGUGACAGGAGAGAAUGGAUUGAAAUGCGGAGUGGUUUCGAAGGUGGAUGGCGUUGGCUGCACGAGAACUCCCAGAAAUGGGAGGAAGCGCUGCGAUUUGCAUAGGAGAAUGAGGGUGAUCAAGAUAUAAGUAUUGUUCUUAUGUGAUGGAAGUCCAACUCUCACACAUUGUAUGCUAAGCUUACGCUCAACAAAAUUUACCACCUUUUUAACAAGGGGUAAAGAUUCCUAAGUUUGUGAUGAUGGAAUGCUCCAGACACGCACAUUUGAACUCAAGAUUGGCUGUCAUCAAGGACGGAUUCGAACUUUUUUGAAAUCACGAGAAAACAACAGAAUGUACGAUGUUUGAUUUAAAGAUGAGAUUUGACUCUUGUUAUCAUGUCAUUGUUACAACUCUGUAAGUUGAAGUUGCCACUCAAGAACAGGUUCAUCUUCAGAGUU